AUGGCAGGCUUCGAUGAUGCUGCGCUGGCGUCGCUGACUGCCAAGAUCGACCAGAGGCUCAACAACAAGACCCCGACCGGAAGCAACAAGAAGAGCAAGCCCCAGGACUCGCCUCAGACCAGGCAGAACAACAAAAAGACCAAGCCUCAAGACUCGCCCCGAGGCCAGCCAAACCUGAAGCGCAAGCGUCAAGACGACAAGACCGACCAGGCCGCCAAGAAGCGCAAUGACCAGCCGCCGAAGAAGGAUGCCAAGGGAAAGAAGGACAAGAAGGACAAGAAGAGCCCAAACGGGCCCAAGCCGACUCAAAAUGGCGCCACUUCGUCCAACGUCCUGCUGGACGAGAUCAGAGCUCUGGGCGGCGACGAGGACGAUCUGAAGCUCGUCGGGGACAUCGACUCUGAGGACGAGACAUUCGAUGACUAUGUCAAGACCAAUGGAAAGAACGCUGACAAGGACCUGCAGUCUGAGCUAGCCAAGUUUGCUCUUGGACUGGGGUUUGAGAAGGUGCAAGCAGAAGUGGCCGAUGAGGAGGUUGAAGAGGACGACCAAGGGGAAGAAGACGAGGACGAGGAAUGGGAAGAAGCUUCGGACGAGGAGGACUCCCUACACGCGUCCAAACAGAAGGAGGAUGCCUCGCAGUCCGCUCCGAGAGGAACUUGGAAAACGAUCUUUGAGCCCCGUCCCGACUGGCAUGCGGCUGAACUGAACCAAUUGCCAGACCCAGCAUCCGACCAGGUCGCAGCCUAUACUUCCACCAUAGCCAACCUGAAGACGCACGCUAAGUCCAUCCUUGAAGAGGAUACUGCCACUCAUACCGCUACGCUCUCGUCGUCCUCAUCACACAAGUUCAUGUCCACGAUCAUGUCUUCUGGUACAAUGUCCGACAAGACGUCGGCUUUGACCUUGGGUAUUCAGGAAUCGCCCGUCCAUAGCAUCAAGUCCCUCGAGAACCUGAUUGCUCUAGCAAACAAGCGCAGUCGUGGACAGGCAUUGGCCGCUUUAACCGCCUUGGUAGAUUUGCUUGGGCCUGGAGCGUUGCUGCCCUCUAACAGACGUUUACGAACCUUCGCUACUCAGCCUGGGCUGAUUGGAACUCUCCAGAAGCAAAAGAUCAAGUCAUGGUCGGCCAACCAGGCCCUCCCCGGCAGGAUUACCAAGGAGCAUCUGGUUGCGUGGGCCUAUGAGGAUUGGCUCAAGGAGGCUUAUUUCCGGAUUAUCCAGGCCCUAGAGACGUGGUGCAAUGACGAGGUUCAGUACUCGCGGCUGAAGUCUAUCGAUAUGAUCUUCGCCCUGCUGAAGGAGAAGCCGGAGCAGGAGUCGAAUCUUCUGAGACUCCUUGUCAACAAACUGGGAGACCGUGAGCGCAAGAUUGCUUCCAGAGCAUCUUAUCUACUGCUGCAGCUCCUCAACAUCCACCCAGGCAUGAAAGCGAUAGUGGUGCGUUCUGUUGAGCAGGAGAUUAUUUUCAAAUCUGGUCAGAGCAUUCGCGCCAAGUACUACGCUAUCAAUACUCUAAACCAGACGAUCCUGAGCAGCAAGGAACCGCAAGUGGCUGAUUCACUUCUAAAAAUCUACUUUGGCCUGUUCGUUGCGCUGCUGAAGAGUGGCGACCUUGGUCAAGUUGAGAACUUCUCAACAGCAGAAGUACCGGACAAGACCGAGAAAAGGAAGAAGCAGAAACGUGGGAAGCCCACCGGGCCAUCCCAAAAGCCUGACGAGGACUCGAAGAAGGGACAAGCUGAACGCGAGUCGGCAGAGAAGCUGGUAUCGGCAAUCUUGACUGGCAUCAACCGUGCGGUUCCCUUCUCCGAGACGGAUUCAUCAACACUUGAAACACAUCUAGAUACCCUAUUCCGCAUCACCCAUUCGUCGAACUUCAACACGAGUAUUCAAGCUCUUAUGCUCAUACAACAGAUGGCUACCACUCGUCAUCUUGCUACAGAGCGUUUUUACCGCACACUUUACGAGUCUCUUCUAGAUCCUCGUCUGACUACCUCGUCGAAGCAGGCUUUGUAUCUAAACCUGCUGUAUCGCAGCUUGAAGUCAGAUGUCGACGUUCGCAGGGUGAAGGCGUUCGUGAAGAGGAUGCUCCAGAUUUUGAACUUGCAUCAGCCUUCAUUUGUAUGCGGUAUCAUAUUCUUGAUCAUGGAGCUUUACGGCACUUUCCCGGAUCUUAGCACAUUGCUCAAUGAACCAGAGGAACAUGGCGAUGCAGAAGGCGUGGUUACCCAGGACGACGCGGCCAACGAAGACCGGCCACUGAAGCCUACCGACGCUUACGAUGGACGGAAGCGAGUGCCAGAGUACAGCAAUGCUCACCGCAGCUGUCUGUGGGAAUUGCUGCCAUUUUUGCGACAUUUCCAUCCUUCCGUAGAUCUGUAUGCGUCAAGCCUAAUCAACGGGCAGAAACCAGCGCAGAAACCAGAUUUGGCCAACCACACUCUGAUCAACUUCCUCGACAAGUUCGUGUACAAGAACCCCAAGGCUAGUGAUACGGCAAGGGGUACUUCUCUCAUGCAGCCGGUGGCUGCCACUGGACAAGGCAGUGUUCUGGUUUCAAGCAAGGCAGGUGCCAAGACUGGUUCUUCGUUGAACUCGGCAUCUUUCUGGAACAAGAAGUCCGAGGAUGUGGCAGCAGAAGACGCUUUCUUCCACGAGUACUUCAGCCAGAUUGGCAAGCCUGGACAGGCAGAGCGUGCCAAGAAGGCCAAGGAAGAUGCGGAGGAUGUUGAUGAAGCUGACAGUGAUGCUGGAGAGGAUGAGAUCUGGGAAGCUCUGAAAUCUUCCAAACCUGAAGUACAGGGCGAUUCUGAAAGUGACCUGGACUCCGACUUUGCGGAGAUGAUGGAUGACGACUCCGACGAUGGCAUGGGCGAUGAAGACGCCAUGGACAUUGAUAACGCUUCGGAUGGUAGCGCGUUGGACUUCUCGGAUGCAUCGUCCCUGGGCUUCAGCGACGAAGACGACGAAGAGGGAGGCGCGGCCGUCGCCAAGGCGGACGAUAGCAAGCCCGAGUCAGAGCAGAAGAAGAGGAGGAAGAUGCUCAAGGGACUUCCCACCUUUGCUUCCGUCGAUGACUAUGCCGAGAUGUUGGCACAGGAAGAAGAAGGGAUCUGA